GAAGAGGGGGAGGAGAAGCGACGCAAAUGGGUAGCUUUUCAGCGCCGGCGAGGCGCGGGAGGAGGAGAAGCGGUGGGGAGGCGCAGCCGCUCACCUGCGGGGCAGGGCGCGGAGGAGGAACCCAGGCUGCGCGCACUCGGGGCGAAGAGCCGGGACGCGCAGAAGCCCCGCACGCGGUCAAGCUCGGGGGCCCCCCUCCCCUUGGCCCGGAGAACCCGAGGGGUGCAGCGCCUGGCUUUGACGGAGCGGCCCGGAGGAGGCGUGGAGAGCGGCGAGCGAGACAGCCAGCAAGCCAGGCUGAGAAAUUCGAGCCGGGAACAAAGAGGGGUCGGGCUCUGCGGGUGUGUGUCGGCUCCAGCUUCGGGCAGAAGCAUUUGGGUUCGAGGACCCUGCUGUGACUUUCCGAGGCCCCGCCGUGCCCUCCACUGCCGACUCCCAGCACUCGCACAAACUUUAUUCUUGGCAAACUUCUUUCUCUUCCUCUUAUCCUCCCCCGCCACCUCCCCCUCCUCCUCCCCCUCCUCCUCCUCUUCCUCCUCCUCCUGCAGAUUAAACGCGCCUGGAGAAGGAAAAUCCAGGCGAAAGCGAAGGAAAUAAGCAGCUCUAAAGCGGACACCUCCAACCCGGGCGGCUCUUUAUUUUUUUGACCCUCCAGGAAGUGGACAUUUCGUUAUCUUCUGAUUCUCCUGGCACCUUCUCCGCUGGGGCACACGGAGCCUUUUUGCCCAGCUCGCCUCUUUUCUCGGACAACCAACUCCCCAUUCGGCAUCCGGGGGAGCUCGAGGGCAGAGGUUUGCGUGGAGACGCGCCCGACGGACCCUGCUCGGCACUUUGGAGAGUUGUGCCUCCUCCAGAACCGGCGUCCUCAGCGCGCGUCAGCGGGGGGCGUGGGGUGGCCGCCGGGGCAGCCGAGCCGAGAGCGCGCCGCCGCCCCCAGAGGCGCCAGCGGCGGCGGCCCUCGCUGCCCGGUGCUCGUCGGCUUCCGGCGGGCACCGACGUCGGCCUCGGCGCAGCGGGAAGGCGCGGGCGGCCGCGGGACUCGGGCGCCGCCGCAGCUGCUCCGGCUGCGGGCCUCGGGCCCCGGGCCCCGCGUUUGCUGGCCCCGCUUCCGCCCACUCUCUUACCUCGCUCAUCCUUCCAGUUCUCCCCCUCCCCCCUCUCGUUGACCCCCUCUCUUCCUGCUGUCGCCUCGGGUGCUCCCCCGGCAGAGCGGAGAUUACAGAGUGGUCGGGAUGCCCCAACUUUCCGGGGCCGGCGGCGGGGGGGACCCGGAACUCUGCGCCACGGACGAGAUGAUCCCCUUCAAGGACGAGGGCGAUCCCCAGAAGGAGAAGAUCUUCGCCGAGAUCAGUCACCCCGAGGAGGAAGGCGACUUAGCCGACAUCAAGUCCUCCUUGGUCAAUGAGUCCGAAAUCAUCCCGGCCAGCAAUGGACACGAGGUGGCCAGACAAGCACAGACCUCACAGGAAUCCUACCAUGACAAGGCCAGAGAACACCCUGAUGACGGAAAGCAUCCAGACGGAGGCCUCUACAACAAGGGACCCUCCUACUCGAGUUACUCCGGGUACAUAAUGAUGCCAAAUAUGAAUAAUGACCCAUACAUGUCAAAUGGAUCUCUCUCUCCACCCAUUCCGAGAACAUCGAAUAAAGUGCCCGUGGUGCAGCCAUCCCAUGCGGUUCAUCCUCUCACCCCCCUCAUCACUUACAGCGACGAGCACUUUUCUCCAGGAACUCACCCGUCACACAUCCCAUCAGAUGUCAACUCCAAACAAGGCAUGUCCAGGCAUCCUCCUGCUCCUGAGAUCCCUACCUUUUACCCGCUGUCUCCGGGUGGAGUUGGGCAGAUUACCCCACCGCUUGGCUGGCAAGGUCAGCCUGUAUAUCCCAUCACGGGAGGAUUCAGGCAACCCUACCCAUCCUCACUGUCAGUCGACACUUCCAUGUCCAGGUUUUCCCAUCACAUGAUUCCUGGCCCUCCGGGUCCCCACACAACUGGCAUCCCUCAUCCAGCUAUUGUGACGCCUCAGGUCAAGCAGGAGCACCCCCACACUGACGGGGACCUGAUGCACGUGAAGCCUCAGCACGAACAGAGAAAGGAGCAGGAGCCCAAAAGACCUCACAUUAAGAAGCCUCUGAACGCUUUUAUGUUAUACAUGAAAGAAAUGAGAGCAAAUGUGGUGGCCGAGUGUACUCUGAAAGAAAGUGCAGCUAUCAACCAGAUCCUAGGCAGGAGGUGGCACGCCCUCUCCCGCGAAGAGCAGGCGAAGUAUUAUGAACUAGCGCGGAAGGAGCGGCAGCUUCAUAUGCAGCUGUAUCCCGGCUGGUCGGCCAGAGACAAUUACGGUAAGAAAAAGAAGAGGAAGAGAGAGAAACUACAGGAAUCCACAUCAGGUACAGGUCCCAGAAUGACAGCUGCCUACAUCUGAAACAUGGUGGAAAACGAAGCUCAUUCCCAACGUGCAAAGCCAAGGCGGCGGCCCCGGGACCCCUCCUGGAGAUGGAAGCUUGUUGAAACCCAGACUGUCUCCACGGCCUGCCCCGCCGACCCCAGAGGAGAACUGGCACCACCUUCACCCUGAGGUCACCGCUAGAGACACUGAUCCACAGAGACAAUCACUGCCGAACCCCUUUCAUCUACUGCAAGAGCCAAGGUCCAAAAUAAAGUGUAAAAAGUUUUUUAAAAGAAAAUUCAGCAGCACAUGAGAAUGCCAGCAGGCCCUGGGUCAGCUGAGCCACUCUCCUCCCCGCGUGUCCGCCGUGCACUUCCCAGAGCCUCUUGCAACCAUACCUGUCACCUCUUGGCAAGGAUGGUGACUUGGCUGCCCCCGCGGGCCUCGAGCACCUGGAGCCAGCAGCCAGCGCGGCCGGCCGUCAGCGUCCCCGCGGGAACGUGUGGCCGAGUUCCCUCUAUGUCUCCGUCUUCACUUUCCCUUCUCUGCCUUUCUCCUGAAGCUUUUAUUUAACAGCGCAAAAGGAUCAAGUUUGCUUCCUUUUUUUUUUAAACUUGAAUAUUUUUUUUACACUUUUUAGUUUUAAUUUUCUUGUAUAUUUUGCUAGCUAUGAGCUUUUAAGUAAAAUUCAAAGAUCUGAAAAAGUUGGAAAUAAAAAGGGACUGAAAAGAAGCCACUGUGUUUUGGGCAACAUCUUGUCCAGUAAGUGGCCACGUCCACUCUGCUGGUCGCAGUCGGCAGUGCUAUUCCAUUUUAUUUUUCUUCGGAUCUCAUUUUUGUUUUUUUUAAUGGUAAACCUUCACAGAUACUUUUGGUAGUCCAGUUUGCAGUGAAUUUUCAUUUCUUUCCUUCUCACCCCUUCUUGUAAAAAGCCCAGCACUUGAAUUGUUAUUACUUUAAAUGUUCUGUAUUUGUAUCUGUUUUUAUUAGCCAAUUAGUGGGAUUUUAUGCCAGUUGUUAAAAUGAUCAUUGAUGUACCCCCCUUUUUUUUUAAAUAGCAAGGCACAGCCUUUGCCCCAAACUGUCACCUAACGUUUGUCAUUCCAGUUUGCGUUAACGUGCUGAGCAUUUUUUAAAAGAAGCUUUGUAAUAAAAUUUUUUAAAGUGUAA